CAGCUGCUCGCGAGCUCCAUGUGAAGGUUGGAAGAGUACCAUCUGGAACUUCUAGUUCUACUGACUUUUUUACGCGGCUUCACUGAUUUUUAAAUCAGUCAGUGCAUGCAGUGCAAUAGCGUUACAAAUACAAGACCUGGAUGAAACUCUCCAAUGUUUUGUUCUGCUUUAUCAUAGAAUUUAGAAACUGUGACUAUAUCUUCAAAAACCGCUUUUGAAUUAAGAGCCUACAACUAGCCGAGUUGGAAAAUGGUGGAUACUGCAGUCAGACCUCGUCCUGUGGGCGAUUUACGGUUGCAUAUGCAAACAGACACAAAUGCCGGACCCAAUAGUAUCCAGCAGGUUGUGCUGAAUCGGCGCCAGCGACAGAUGAAAUUCCCCCAUCUACGGGGUCGCUGGGAUGUGGACAGCUUUCAGUGGAAAUCCAGCCCGAAUUUAGUGAAGUACCACGACGACACGCUGGCCCCGCUACGAGACAACGUCCCCAUCAUCGACCCCGUCUCGGGGUUCGUCUCUGCCGCCACGGACGUGGACCGCAACACCGGUGUGGACCGUAUGCCGUCCAUGCAGCAGGUGGACAAUACCCCGAACACCGUGACACCGCUAUCCCCUCGCCCGACGACCACCAAAGCCCACAGGGAGAAGGAAAAGGAGAAAGACAGGGGAACCUUCGUGCCGAAGAAACCUGUCACCCCGCAGUUCUCCAGGGCGAGGUCAAACCCUGAAAUGAGACUGGUGAAAAGCGAGUCGGAUGUGACACACAUUUUGAAUGAUCCAGGGACAUGGGCUGGCAGGAAAAUUAGUGAUGGCUUCAUCAGAGCAAAGUUGGGAGGGUGGACAAGCUCCGUGGACCCAAGAGAUGCUGCAAAGGAACAAGAAAGGAUUUGGAGGCAAAUUCACGCUCGUAACAUCAAGGGACAGAUGGAUGCUGUGGAUAAAUCUCCCAACUGGCGGGACGAAGCUGCUCUGAGGUACAUUUACACAUCUGCAGCCCAAAGAACCUCCGAGGAUGUGGAUUGGGACAGCAAGUUGCCUCCUAAGAUCUUGCCUCCGGCCUCCACCAUGGAAGCCCAAGCUGACCCUGUAUCUCAGUGCUUCACCAACAUGAAGAGAUACGACCCAAAGGCUCAGCCCUGGCAGAAUCUUGGGAGAUCCUGGGAUUGGUUCCAGACAAGAGAUGGACACCACAUACGAGGGCCGAUUGAAUUCUGUAGCCCUCAUAGGAAGAACAACCAAAUUCCCAACUAUACUGGCAGCAUAGGAGGGGAAGGAGAAAGAGACGACCCUCACAAGUUCUUCAUACCGACCACUGUACUACGAAGUCUGGUUCCUAAAUACACUGACACUGCCAGACGUGCUAACAUCCCAGGUUACACCGGAUGCACUCACUGGAUAGGCACCGAAUCAGCCAAUCUGAAUGUAGGCAUUCCACAGCCGCAGACCACUGCGCGAGUCCACAGGAGUUUGCCAGCAGACCUGAACAUGUCACCGCACAAGCGCACUUCUCGGAUGUCGCGAAUGAUCACACUGGUGCCUCCAGGAAACCCCUUCAACGCCAUCAGUAAAGAGGAGAGAACGCUAGAGCAGUAUCACUGAAUUUCAGCACGUUGACAUCAUACAAUUUGACAAUCAAUUGAGUCUUACCCAUUAAGGAUGAUGAGGGAGGAAUGCCUGUGACAAUGAAGUUUAGUGUUGGGAUCAAGCAUUGUGGUGUGAAGUAGGGAGUGAACUGAACAGAAUGCGAGAAGGAGAAUUCGAACUGAGAAUGAAUUCUGAAAGUUGUGAAUGGGAUGAUGAUAAUUAGUCAUGCUGAGCCAUCAAAAAUCAAUUCAUCUAGUCAUUUCAAGUUAAUCUGUAUUUAUCUAGCCACAAAUCAUCCAGUCUCAAGUCAUCACAUAAGCUACUGAAAUGAAUUGUCAUAUAGUCAAUCUUUUUCUGUCCUUCAUGCCUUUUUUCCUGACUUUUCUUGCUGUUAACAUGAGAUUCACGAAUAGAAUACAUGCAUUUCUGGGUGAUGGUGAGAGUAAUAUCCACUUUGAGCAGAAAAAGCCCUGGACGGUUGAAAAGAUCCACGAUCCUCUCUUGGUCCCCGGUUUGGAUGGAUUACAGUGUAGAAAGAUGGUUGAUACUCCCGUUCUAUCUUGUUUUUUAAAUUCAAGGCCAAAAGCAUAAUAAAUGACGAUAAUCUUUAAUUAAAGUCCGACCACAGUGUGGAUCAAGUGUGUCACACGUGUGAUAUGAGACAAUGAGUGAUGACGACGAACAGACUGGGGGAGAAAUGGAGUGACUAGCUUCACAAUGACUAAAACUAGAGCAUGUACGCAUGUUUCUUUUGAGGUGGUUACUCCAAAUUGUGUAAACGGACUUUUGGCACUUUCAUCCAUAAAUUUGAAUUGGGCAAAGUCUAGCAAAUAUGGACUCCUCUUGUAUCAUUCCGUUUCCUGCUGUUCUCUUUGGAAAGAAAUCACGUCCAGAUUUGUCUCACAAGUAGUGUUUUUGAUGGCCGCAAUCAUGAGCAUUUUGGCACUGGUUUUGAUAGUGCUUUGAAACAACUAUGGCUAUAAAAUGCCCAUGCAUGACUAAACUCGAGCGCUACAGAACAGUUUUGAUAAUGAAGAUGGUGAUAUUUUUGAAUGGGAAGUCAUUUUUGGCACUGCUAACAGCUUUUCGAGUAUGUUUAAACAUAUGUGGGCAUGGAUCCGGGGGGGGUGGCAAAUUCCCCUGCUCUGAGAUAAAAAAGAAAAACAUUGGGAAAAUAAAAACAUGUAAAAUAAGUGCAAUUGUAAACAAUAUAUGUCAAAUAUGUUUCAUCAUUUCUGCUUGUCCAUGAAAAGGAGAACCCCCCCUUGAAAAAAUUCCUGGAUCCGCCCCUGAUAUGAUAGCAGGACUGGCUUAACACAAUGACUUCCUGAUGUUGAAUGUUGAUGUUGCUCCGAGUGAUAAUGAUGAUGGUGAUUAUAAAGGUAUGACCUGGCCAUGCGUGUGCAGUGCUGACUAAGAUGAUUUGGGGUAGAUGAUAAUGAUGGCAAGAUUUAUUACUGUGAUUCUGGUGAUAGUAGGCUACUUUUGAGAAUUAUUCAUGUGCCUUGAAUGGAUGCUGAGCUGCGUUUAAAUUUGAGUGUCUCCAGGGCAUUGACAGCAGAAAAAAAGUGGGGUGCUAUAUGGGACACCAUCAGGUAUCGGCCAUUAACAGACCAUAAGUCCUGCGCCAGUGUAGGACCUGCCAAAAGUGGUGGGGAGGGGCAUGCCCCAGUCAAAAACCUGAGUGGGACCAACUGGCCUCCCUGGCCCCCAUCUGCAGUCAGUGUGACCUCUUAGUGGAAAGCUGCUUUCAUAAAUUCAAUCCAAAGGGGAAAAUUAUAUAGUCAAACAGAAUGUCAGAUUGUUAAAAGAAUGAAUUGUUGUGAUGCAUGUGGUCAAAAUUAUUCUGUGUGAGAGAGUUCCAUGGAAGCAUGAGAAUACGUACGUGAGUGAUACCUGGGCAUGUCAUCAGACAUGUUUUUUUUUCAUGCAUUAUGGUUAUGUGGAACUUGGGGUAUUUUUGCAGUGUCAUAUAUACACCUAGUUAUAGCACACACAGCUUAAAGAUAUUGCCAGUUGAGUUUGAUUUGGCUUGAUGUAUUUGUUCUGUGGUUGCAGAGACAAACAUUUGUCAUUACACCAAUUUUGUGGGGACCAGAAACAUUUUAGGGAGAGAGCAAUGUCUCUUUAGUCCUAAUUUGCCCUUAGAGGAGACGUGACCUGCCCAUACACCUAUACAUGUAUAGUACAACAAAGGUAAUGGGCAUCUGACUGUUAACAGCAAUCUGUUGUCUUUUAAGAUAUUGACUUGAUAUUGUUGGAAAGUUUAAAACUUUCAUAUAUGACCAAGUGAGCAAAGCUCAUGCAUCAAGAAUUUAAGAUGAAGAUGACUAGGUUCGUGUACAUUUAUGAACUACAUAGGAUCUGCAGCCCCUCCACUAAAAGUAUGCAAAAUGUUUAUUCAGAUUUUAUUUUGAUGUCAGAGUAUUGUACUUGAAAUUUCACGAAAGACAUCGCUUACCUUGCGUUCAGAUUUUUAUCUGUCCCCUUCCUGGAUCAUGCACGGAGUUACGUACCAAAGUUUAGCUAUUUAUUUUUAAAAAUAUUUUUACAAAUACGACAGGUAAUUAUAGUGUGGUUUUAAAGGAAAUCAUGAAAGAGUAUUUCAGUUUCUUUUUAAUGCAAGAUUUCUAGUGCACAUGUACUGUUUUAUAUUAUUGGAUGGUAUAUGCUUCUAUGCAUGAUGGCUUUCUGAUAGGAAGGAAAAAAUGUAUCGGGAAAAAAA